CUCACCUGGAGCCUGUGUGUUGUUCUACCCUCAGGCUGGGAAUGGUCACCUGGGAAUCAUUCCAGCAGGUGGCUUCCAAAGUCCAACCUGUUAGGUUGAAAUCUGACACUGUCCGAGACUCCCAGGGAGCAGCCGGGCAGAAAGUUAAACCAGGAACCAGGAAAUGCCCAAGACUCUUGGUGUAGAAAACAGCUGAGCUCCCUCUGAAACAAGUACCAUGGGAAACCGGCAGUGCUGUGGGCGAAACUGGAGCUGCCCAUCAGUUUUCCAGAAGAAAAAGAGAAAAGGAAGCCACGCACAAUGGGUACUGAAGUCUCAGCAGCAGCAGCAGCAGCAACGGCAGCAGCAGCAGAAUGGCACAAAGGGCCGCGGCACAAGAGGACACUCCAACAUAAGAGGACACACCAACACAAGAGGACACACCGCGGAAGGGCGAGCAUCACCUGAGCGCAGAGAGACCAGUGAAGGCCUCAAGUCCGAGGACAGCAAUUUGCAUUACGCAGACAUUCGGGUGUACAGGCGCUCGGCCCAGGAAGUGAAACACCUGCCUGCUGAAAAUGCCACGGAGUAUGCAACCCUGCGUUUCCCUGCAGCCACACCGCGCUAUGACAGCAAGAAUGGGACCCUGGUGUGAGCCUCGCCUCGGGGAGUGAUCCGCUGCUAUGGUUUUACCACUACUCCUGUGUGGGAAAAUCUACUGCUUCAGGGACUUGGGUGACAGCCCAGCCAUGCUGACCAUGUUUUAAGCACCGAAUUGCAGUGCCUUCUCCUCCCCCGCAGCCUCUGCCCUACAACUUUUAUUUCCAGCUUGCAGUUGGGUAAGCUAUGGGUGGAGGGAACGGGGUCUGGGGUCCACAUAAAGAGGGAAUCAGGUCGAGCUUCUAGGGCGGUAGGGCUCUGCCUCACAGCUUUUUUUGCUCUUGCUCAAGCUAAGCGCAGAAGGACCAGGCCAACAACUACUCACUUUGGUUUUGCUUACGACAUGA